CAGGUACGAAAUAAAGACACCCAGAUAAUAUAUAUAUCACUUAUAUUCUCAAUGAAGUAAGUAGUAUAUCAAGAACGGCCUACCUAGAAGAAUCACUUACUCCCUUACAAUGUAUAGUCGUAUAUGUCAUCAUAACCUCAUAUCGUUAUAGGGGUGCCGCUAAUCCGGACGCCGAGGUUUCACUACAGCAACUGUGCAUAAUCUUAUCAAUCUCAUCACUCAUCGGAGUUUCAAAUACAUACAUGUACAUUAACAAUUCAGAAUUAACAACAAACGAAACGCAAGCGAAGACAAUUCACAAUUUUUAAAAACUCCCUCAGGACUUCCCGGGGUUACCGGAGAGUAGUCAUAAUGAGUGGUAGUUCCAACCUCGAUGUCAUGCUGGCCGGCGGCGGGGCAGCAUUCAUUGUAGAUUUGAUAAUUUACCCAUUGGACACCCUCAAAACUCGCCAACAAAGUCGAGAUUUUAUCAAGACUUUCGCCGAUCCAACUACUAAAACAAAAUUGCCCUCAAGGCACCUUUUUAAGGGGUUAUAUCAAGGUCUAGGAAUAGUUAUCAUCGCCACAUUACCAGCCGCGGGGACCUUUUUCACCACCUACGAAGCCGCCAAGAAUUUCAUCAGUCGUCAUGGAUUACCAUUGGGUCUUCCACAACCCCUCGUGCAUUCGGGUGCUUCGGCCAUAGCGGAAUGCGCCUCGUGUUUAGUACUCACUCCAUCUGAAGUUAUCAAACAAAAUGCGCAAAUGUUGCAACAACAUUCUGGUGGUUCACGUAGAUCCGCCUCGCUUCAGGCUCUGAAACAUUUGGGAGGCGCCGGAGCCGGAGGCAAGUUGCUCUCGGGAUAUACCGCUUUAGUAGCAAGAAACCUGCCCUUCACGGCAAUUCAAUUCCCAAUUUUCGAAUUUUUGCGCGCCCGGAUUUGGGGCCGCCGACCGGGCGUCAAUGCUAGUGAACCUGGAUCCCUCGACCGACAGAAAGAGAAUUUACUUGAGACAGGCGUAAUUACAGGGACGAGCGCGGGGUUAGCAGGCAGUUUUGCCGCUGUUGUUACCACCCCCAUGGAUGUGGUCAAGACGCGGAUGAUGUUAUUGGCCGGUAGCGAUCGGGACGUUAAGCAAGGCGCCCAUGAUCGAAUAACUGCACCGCAAGAUGCAAGCAGAUAUAAUAAUCGAGGUGGCCUCGCCGUAGCACGCGAGGUUAUCGCUGAGAGGGGUGUUCCCGGCCUUUUUAGAGGCGCAAUUCUUCGUGCUGUCUGGACGGCGGUUGGCAGCGGCCUAUACUUAGGAACGUACGAAGUAGCCAAAAAUUGGCUGGCAAGAAGAAAAGUGUAUUAUAAUGAAGAUAAAAGCAUACUCUAAAUGAGAAAUAAACAAGCCUAUGUAGGUAGAGGUAUCCCAUAUCCUUUCUCCAAUCCCUCGCGCCCAACUAGCUUAUCGAACCCUGUCCCAUCCAUCCAUCCGUCCUAUCCA